UCCCCCAGCUCAGCUGCAGCGGAGGAUGAGUCUAGAUUAGCCUCCUCCCCCAUCGGGCUGCGCAUCUCCGUGGUCGGUCAGCUGAGCUCCGAUUCCCGCUGCUGCCUCUUCAUCGGCUCUGUUUUCUUCCUGUUUGCUGGUGUGUUUGUAACGUCUCUCCUCCCUGAGCACCAGGGGAUGGGGGGAUGAUCAGGACCGACUCCCCUCCACCGCCGCUUCUUCCUCUACCUCCGCCGCCGGAGCUCAGUCAACGAUGUGGGCUCCGCUGCUCGGCCAGGCUGCGCUGUUUGCGGCCCUGCUGGCGCUCAGCUCCUGCCUGACAGGAUCUCAUCUCUGCCCUCGCAGUCUGGACUGCGCGCGAGCAGGACGACACUUCUGCCGGCCGGGAAGUUCCCACUGUGGUCCCUGUCUGAGCCCACUGGUGGAAAACUCCCAUGGACACUGUGUCCUCAAGAAGAGACGUUCUCAUCCUCAGUCCAGUAAAGGUAAGGGGGCUAGUUACCCUGAGCUAGAUGAGGAGAUCGAUUUCCUGUCCGCCAUCAUCAGCAAACAGAGAACCGGGGUAUCAGCUCCACCCUCUCAGGAUGUCAUAUCCAAGCAGCUUGAACCCAGCCCUGAAUCUUUGACAGAGCACCCAGCCAGUACAGCUCCCCCAACCGCCAGUAACCACACCACUGCUCUGCUCAGAGAUCCCAUUAUCCUCCCCUACCCCUCUAACGACCACGUGUUCAUCAUCAUGAGCAGUGUCUUCAUCAUGGUGGGUUCGCUGGUGUUGAUGGUAGCAGGAGCCUGCUGGAUCAGACUGCAGAAAGGUGUCCAUCUAACUCAGAAGGUGGACUACCCUGCAUACGGACUGAUGAGAGCCCAAAACCUCUGCAGUCCUCCUGGGGACAGGAAGCUGGCCCACAGUGCCCAGAUGUACCACUACCAGCACCAGAAGCAGCAGAUGCUCUCCCUGGAGAAACGCAGGGAUGAGCCAAAAGUUCCAGACUCAGGAGCAUCAACAGAUGAGGAGAACGAGGAUGGAGACUUCACCGUUUAUGAGUGUCCUGGACUUGCUCCGACUGGGGAGAUGGAGGUGAAGAACCCGCUGUUUGAUGACUCUGCCCUCUACCUACAGAGAUUCCACUAGUAAACCUAGACAUUCACAUGGUUCACACUCUGAAUGCUGUGUGUGUUUCCACAUCAGUUUACAGACACACACUCUACACACACAUGGCUGUUCUCACUUCUUUGAGAGCAGCAUUAAGAGGAGGAGGAAGAGGAGGAACGAGGCUUGCAGCAGGACUGAAUCUGGGAUGAGUGUCUCUCGUUCUGCAGCCACAUUCUCUUCGGUUUUAUUUUCCAUCAGGACAGAGACGUAGAGCAGAUCCAAAGCAGAGACCAAACGUGUCUGCUGUCCACUAAACAUUGGUUUUAUCCCAGUAUUAUUUUAGAACAAACGUUUUAAUAUUUCCUGAGCAUGCCUCCAUGCAGCACCUGAUCUGCACCUGUACGUUCUGUAGCCUUUUAGUUCCCAGUGUUGUUCCUCUAUGCAUGAACUGAAGAUGAGUGGAUAUGCAUUCAAGGUAAAAUAUGAUUUCAAGUCAUCUGAAGCAUGUUAACCCAUCUUUGGUAAGUGAGACUAAAGGCUUGUUUCCAUGGUUCUGCAGCAGAUGUAGAUCUUUCCUCGUUUUGUCCAAGCACUCAGCUGUGUUUCCUCAUCUCCUACUGUGUCUUCAAGGUUCCUACCCAAGUGGAAAGAGCUGCAUCAGACAUGUGCUCCCCUCUAAGUCCAAACUUCUUUUCUUCAGAUCUUAUAACAGAAUUGUAGUUUUGUAGGGAAAAGCAGAAAAAAACCAAAAGUUUUCAUGUAACAGUUUUUUUUUCUGAGACUUCCCUGACAACAUGUGAAGAUCAGGAAGCUCAGUGGAGAAAAGAAAGUUUGGAUCAGCAGAGACUUUACAUCCAAAGUACUGUAAAUACUGAUCCAGAAAUAUCUUCACUACUACAGAAAAACCUUGAUUAUGGAAUCUGACUCUUAUAAAGUGAAACACGUGAAAGAGAUCAUAAAAAGAUCUGGCCUACCUCUAGAUCUUCAAUUCACUGAUUAAAUAAACUCAUCAUCAUCAGCUGCACCAGACCAGAAGUUUCUGUUAAGAUGACGUCUAAGGAUUUCCUCAGUUUAGAUGUAAGUUCAGCUCUAGAUACCUUAAGCUUUGAAUCAGAGAAAUCCCCAUCAGUUCGGUUCCUGAUAUCUGGAACUAUCUGGGUCUUCAGACCAGCUUCUACACGGCCAAGCAGAUGGAAACAUGGAAGUCUAGAACUUCCUGGUGUGUGGAUGGUGAAAUCAGUUGGAUUAAAACCCUUCUUGAAAAUUCCUGCAUUGUUUCUGCUGGAAGUACGACUCUUGGUAUUUUUGACUCGGCUCCUUCUGGUCCCAACCAAAGGUUCACAAGACACUUUUCUCUAUGUCUUUUCAUUAAUCCUUGGAUGGAUCUCCCUUUUUAUGACUUCAGGAGGAACCUUGAAGAAGCCCCUAUCAGUUUCAGGAUCUCAUCCAUUAGAAAAACCAGAACCAGUACAAACAUCACCACACUCUGGUUUACAACCAGCUGGCUGACCACCACUUCCUGGCUGACCACCACUUCCUGGUAUGGAUAAUUAAUAAGGUGGAUAUGACAUCACAUGAACACAAUCAGUCCAGUCUGUGGGUGAUGCAAUCUGGUUUCAGUAAUCUGUUACUUCAGUGAAUUUAACUAAAUGUAGCUGUAAGUUAUGGAAGACUUGGGAAUGGAAUGGAAUGGGUUUUCUCUGCUUUUCCUGUCCUGAAGCAGUCAUCCUCCCCAGAAUGAUAUGUAGAAAACUAGACGUGCACAGCUGCUCUCCUCUGUAUUAUAUCAUACUCAGAUACAUAAUUCAUAUCAUGUAAUACAAAUGCAGGAUGAUCAUUUGUCUCCAUACUGGUAAACGUGCAGGUAAUUGGCCCGACUGCAUGGCCAGACUACCGGGCCAGACUGGAGAUUCAGUGAAUGUCUACAGCACCUACUGGGACUGUUAACAAUAUGAAGACUGUUUUAUCUGAACUUGCUGAGCUUGUGGAACAAAAUGAUAGACAAAGGAAAAUCAGAAAAGCUUCAGUUGUCAUGUUGUUGUCCUUUUAUUUGUUUGUUUUCUUUAUUAUUGCAUUACUCUGCUUUCCUUUCAUUCAUGCUGCAGGCUAAACAAAGUCCCAGCUGGUUAUUCUUCCUCUGAUGAUGAUGAGUACGUAGCUUGGCUAGCGACCUUUGAUACAAACUGUUUUCAGGCUAUGUGUAAUACGUCACCACCAUGUUUAGCUUGCAUGUGGAUAUAAAAAAGCUGGAAUUAAAUAUUUAUAUGAUCA